ACGUUGUAUGUAUAGGAAAGCGAAUCGCUUUAUUGAGGGGAUUACGGCUUGUCUGCUUCCCGCUCGGACAUUAUGCAAGCACUUGGUGUACGGCUUGUCGUGCAUGUUCAGCGAAUAAGAUUAUAGGAAUGGGGGAAACGCAGAAAGUAAAAUACUGAGAGAAAGAGAGCAAGAGGGCUUUUCAGUUUGAGAAUUGAAAGAGAAUGAAGUACGUUCUGGUGACCGGAGGUGUGGUCAGUGGGCUUGGCAAAGGAGUUACCGCAAGCAGCAUAGGUGUUGUCCUCAAAGCGUGUGGUCUGCGUAUCACCUCCAUCAAGAUUGAUCCUUACUUGAAUAUGGAUGCGGGCACUAUGUCCCCAUUUGAACAUGGGGAGGUUUUUGUUCUUGAUGAUGGUGGAGAGGUUGAUUUGGAUCUUGGAAAUUAUGAGCGCUUCGUAGAUGUGACCCUGACAAGAGACAACAACAUUACCACGGGAAAAAUUUAUCAGUCUGUCCUUGAGAAGGAAAGAAGAGGUGACUAUCUAGGGAAAACUGUUCAGGUGGUUCCACAUAUCACAGAUGCCAUUAAGAACUGGAUUGAAUCUGUAUCUGCCAUUCCUGUUGAUGGAAAAGAGGGCCCACCAGAUGCUUGUGUCAUAGAGUUGGGAGGCACUGUAGGUGACAUCGAAUCGAUGCCCUUUAUUGAGGCUUUGCGACAAUUGUCUUUCUCAGUCGGGCCAGACAACUUCUGUCUCAUUCAUGUGAGCCUUAUACCAGUUUUGGGUGUAGUUGGUGAGCAAAAAACAAAGCCAACACAACAUAGCGUACGAGAAUUGAGGGCAUUAGGAUUGACUCCUCACCUGUUAGCAUGUCGAUCAGCUCAGCCUUUGUUGGACAGUACGAAGGAGAAACUUUCACAAUUUUGCCAUGUUCCAGCUGGUAAUAUUCUCAAUAUUCAUGAUGUUCCAAACAUCUGGCAUGUUCCUCAAUUACUUCAGAGCCAAAAUGCUCACAAUGCCAUUCUUAAACAGCUAAACUGUCUUAGAAUUGCUACACCUCCUCAUUUACAAGAAUGGAUGAAGAGAGCGGAGACAUAUGAUAAUCUCACCAACUCUGUUAGUAUCAUUAACAUGUCAUGCUCCUCAUGUAAGCAUUUCCUUCUGGGUAAUGAUACAGGAAAUGAUGCUUCAUUUGUGCAGGUAAGAAUUGCAAUGGUUGGCAAAUAUAUUGGUCUAACGGAUUCAUAUUUGUCUGUUGUGAAGGCCCUCCUUCAUGCCUGUAUUUCAUGUUCUUUGAAGCCAUCAGUUGAUUGGAUUGCGGCUUCUGACCUUGAAGAUGAAAGUGCGAAAUUGACACCAGAAGCUCAUGCUGCUGCAUGGGAAACUCUCAAGAAUGCAGCAUGUGUCUUGGUUCCUGGUGGGUUUGGCGAUCGUGGUGUGCAAGGAAUGAUACUGGCUGCAAAAUAUGCUAGAAAGAAUCAUAUCCCCUAUCUUGGGAUUUGCUUGGGAAUGCAGAUUUCUGUCAUUGAGUUUGCUAGAUCUGUUUUGGGUUUGAGCAAAGCAAACAGCACAGAGUUUGAUGACAGCACACCUGAUCCUGUUGUAAUUUUCAUGCCAGAGGGCUCGAGGACACAUAUGGGAAAUACAAUGAGACUAGGAUCUCGAAGAACGUUCUUUCAGACUCCUGACUGUGUUUCUUCUCAGCUAUACCAUAAUUCGGAGUACGUGGACGAGCGUCAUCGGCAUAGAUAUGAGGUAAACCCUGAUGUAGUUGACAAGCUAGAAGGAGCUGGCCUAAAAUUUGUAGGAAAGGAUGAAAGUGGAAAAAGAAUGGAGAUUCUAGAACUUUCAAGUCAUCCAUUCUAUGUGGGAGCACAGUUUCAUCCAGAAUUCAAAUCACGGCCUGGGCGGCCUUCUGCUCUAUUUUUAGGUCUUGUACUGGCAGCAACAGGACAGUUGGAAGCAUAUAUUAACAAUCAUCAAAAUGGAAGUUAAUAUGGCAUUUGGCAAUCUCUCAACCGCUGGUCCAUUAUUUAGAAUAGAAAUAACAUAUCGAAGCCUUGCAGUCAAACAUAUGCAGAAUAAGGCUUAUAUAACUUGACCAUAAGAGGUGGAAACUAUGUACUUAAGGAGUUUGAAUGCAACAUCGCAUGCUAUGUACUCUCCUCUCCACCAAGUCUUUGUAACCCACCUUAUUGUGAUUCUAAUAUUUUGGGUUGGCGUGGAUUGAAGCGCCAUUGUUUUUUUAUUCCCCAUUUUUUUGACAUAAACUUGUCUGAGAAAAACAAUUUUGGGCUUGGGUUAAUAAUGACUUGGUAUACAGCUACCGGGAGGAACUGAUUACUCCCACAGUUUUGGUUUGUAUUGACAGCAAGAAAUAUAUUCCUUUCUUUCCUGGGUU